AUGCAUAUUGCCAGAGUCAGGGCGCGGGGAAUACAUACUAUUCGAUUGCUCUCUUUGACUUGCCCGAAGAGACCACCGAAUUCAUCUACGUAUUCGUCCUCAUCGCGACCCCUCAACGCCGCUGAGAAUAUGUUCAAGAAAGCCAUUCAAGACCACCCGGGCAAUGGCACGAAGGCCUUGCAUCAGACCGACUUGUUGCAGGUCAACGGACAGGCUCCCCCCAAGCCACAACCACAACCACAACAAUUUGGGGCUGUCAAACGCAAAUUGGAAGCACAGGAGUCCUCACUGGGGUCUCUGCACAACGCGGUUUAUUUCGACGAAAACGAUUUCGAUGAUGACCUUGAUCUCGACGAGCCCCAGCCAUUGAUCGCACCAAGUAUCUCUAGCUCUGCACCACCACAGCCCGUCACAUAUCCAGACCUUGAUACUUUAAUCAAACCCAGCCAGUCUGUCAACACCAGGGCUCCGGCAGAUGUCAAUUACCCAGAUCUUCCAUCGAUUUCCCAAGAUGAGCCCGCCAUUCCAAGCAGCAUGCAGUUGCCGUGGUCAUCCUCCCCUCCCUCCCAUUUCCAGCCGCCCGUGAAAAAGCCUCGAACCCUCCCUUGGACCAAAGAAGAAGAGGAACCUCGCAAUGAUAAACGAAAGAGCUUUGCUACCCCCCAACGCAAAAAACCCCAAGAGCCAUGGAACAAGUCCGAGAGCGCCAUCAAGGCGCAACAGAAGGAGUUACGACAAGAAUACAAGAAGACGCAAAAACCCGAGCCGAAACCAAAACCGAAAACCCCGGCCGAUGCGAAGGUUGCCAGUCUGUUUUUGAGCGAUGAGCAAAAGGCCGUCCUUGAAGCAGUCGUUGAUCGUGGGAAGAGCAUGUUCUUCACUGGUUCUGCAGGAACAGGAAAAUCAGUACUCAUGAGGGAAAUCAUUAGCAAGCUGCGCCAAAAAUAUCGCACAGAACCUGAUAGAGUUGCAGUUACAGCAUCAACGGGCCUUGCAGCUUGUAACAUUGGAGGUGUGACUCUCCACAGUUUUGCUGGUAUUGGGCUAGGCAAAGAACCAGCAGUCGAACUAGUGAAAAAGAUCAAGAAGAACCAAAAAGCACGGAAUCGCUGGCUCCGUACCAAGGUCCUCGUUGUGGAUGAAGUCUCCAUGGUAGACGGUGAUUUGUUUGAUAAACUCGAGGAGAUUGCCCGACGCAUCCGCAACAAUGGUCGGCCGUUUGGAGGGAUACAGCUUGUUAUCACAGGCGACUUCUUCCAACUACCUCCCGUGCCAGAGAUGGGCCGGGAAGCCAAAUUUGCAUUUGGGGCCGCAUCCUGGACAACCUGUAUCCAGCAUACCAUUCUUUUGACCAACGUCUUCCGCCAACGAGACCCCGUGUUUGCUGGUAUGCUGAACGAAUUGCGAUUGGGAAACAUCUCUCCUAGUACCAUCGAGGCGUUCAAAAAGCUCGCUCGACCCCUUGACGUUAAAGAUCAGAUUGAUGCGACUGAGUUGUUUCCCACGCGAGCUGAAGUGGAUGGUGCCAAUUCGGCGCGCAUGGGAAGGCUCUCUGGUGAGGUUAUGAGGUACAACGCAGUGGACUCAGGGACGAUCCAAGACCAGCAACAUCGCGACAGACUUUUGUCAGCUUGCAUGGCCCCUCCUCUCAUUCAGUUGAAGAAGGGUGCCCAAGUGAUGCUUAUCAAGAACAUGGAGGACUCGCUUGUCAAUGGGUCCAUCGGCAAAGUGGUAGCCUUCAUGAGUGAAGAUUACUUUGAUGCUUACAGUAAAAACGAUAAAGGCUCUGCUGAUGACGCGAUGGGGAGCGAUGAUGAGGCAGUUCAUCGGGCUCGGCAGAAGCUUAAACAUCUGGCCCACACAGAGGGUUCAGCCUCAAUGGCACGCAAAUGGCCCCUAGUGUCGUUCCUUCAACCCGAUGGGUCAGAACGUCAUUUAUUGUGCCAACCGGAGACAUGGAAGAUCGAGCUUCCCAAUGGAGAGGUGCAAGCCCAACGACAACAAGUUCCGUUGAUAUUGGCAUGGGCAUUAUCCAUCCACAAGGCCCAGGGCCAGACCCUUCAACGUGUGAAAGUUGACUUGGGACGAGUCUUCGAGAAGGGUCAGGCUUAUGUUGCACUGAGUCGAGCGGUGUCGCAGGAAGGCUUGCAGGUCACUCGAUUCGAUCCUCGAAAGGUGAUGGUGCACCCGAAAGUAGUGGAAUUCUAUUCCAAACUGGCCACAAUCACAGAUGCACUGAAGAAGAAGAAGACGAAGAAGGCGCGCACUGCUCCAGCUGUGGACUACGAUGACUUCGAUGACUUCGAUGACGAUGAUUUCUGA